AAACAAAGAGCUUAAAGUCGGUUCUUCGUCGAGAGUAAUAUAACAAGACUCGUGCCAAUUCUAAAGUUUCCGUUUUUCAUGAUUUUUACCAGAAAGUAUUAUAAAAAAAAUGCAUUGAAUUAGCGCCCGUUAUGGUAAGAGGCUUUCUACGCUGCAAGCAUUUGAAAUUCACAAUUUGUGCGUUCGAUACACCCACCCAACUACGAGUCAAGUUCGAAGCUUUCGCGUACGCACAUCAGUCGCACGAUAACAGCGAAGCAAACGAUAUAGGAUAGAGUCGCGCGUCCGAGACAGAUAGUGAAAGAGACGACGCGCGCGGACGUGGGUAAUUAACGCGCGCGCUGCGUCGAGAGCAGCAGCUAGCCUCUACUAGAGAGCUGUUGGCAGCAGCAGUUCGCCAUAUCGUGACCGUGCGCUUAUAUCGUAUGUAUGUACGUAUAACAUACAAUAAUAUAUAAUGAUGCUGCUGCUGUUGCUGCUGCUGCUCAGACUCGGCUCGAGCUUCGUAAUCCAUGAGUUGCAUUUAUCAAGGUACAUGUGACAGCGCACAACAGUGUCGUGUGUGUGUGUUUAUUAUUAUCAGCCAUCGUCAAUCGUCAUAGGGAAGGGCUCGAUCAGUGACUGACUGGCCUCAUGCGAGAUACGACAAACGACUCGUUAGCUUGGUGCUGCUGCUGCUGUGGUGUGCCGAUAGACGACGUAUCGACGAGUACAUUAUCGCACGCACACAUAUGUGUUGUACAUUAACGCACAGUGUUCGUAUAUACGCUGUGUUUCGGUGUAGUGUUGCUUCUGUAGGCCCAACUGCCAACUAGCUAGCAGAACACACACAAAAAAAAGGAUAUCGCACGGAUAGUCGUGUGGCGAGUGUUGUGGAACUGACGCUUUUGCAGCCAGUCGAGCCCCGCAGCACAUUAAGAUCAGCGUGUUUGUGUGUGUGUGUGUGUGUGCGUGCAUGCGUGUACUUGUAUAUAUUGUUUUAUAAUUUUAAAUUAUAAAACGUCGUAUACACGCAACAAAGAAUAAAAAAUACAUGUACGUGCGAAGCUAUAUAGCCGUUAUAUAGCGUCGAGAUAUAAUUUGUGAGUGCAACCCGCAACGUAUACAACCCACUCCGUGGUGUAUAAGCUCGGCUGUAUUAUAUACAUGCAGGCUGCAAGCGAACAGCUAAGCUGCUGCUGGUGCUGCGACAGGGAGAGCUGCAAAAAUCAUAAUCUCAGGGAUUGAGAGUCGCACUGGAUCCUAUAAAAUCAGAAUAAAUGGAUAAAGACCAAAACAAAUCAAGACUGUACCACAACAGUCAAACUCAAAAUGUAUUACGAAAUUUAAUGCUACGUGAUAGUGGCUUUCACAUGACAAAUAUAUCUAGUACUAGAGAAUUUGAACACAUUGCAGAAACAAAACUUGUCAUAAAAAAUUUAGAAGAAUUAAAAUGUGAACUACCUGGAGUUCCUAGAACUACAUUUUUAAUGGUGUUUAGUCCAGAUGGCUCAAAAGUGGCAUCAACUCAUGGGAACCAUGACAUCUAUAUCACAGACUUAACAACGGGAAAAAAUUUAAAAAUUUUAUCAGGUCACCCCCGAACACCAUGGUGUAUAGCCUUUCAUCCUAUAAGCAACGAUAUUUUAGCUUCAGGAUGCCUUGGUGGACAAGUUCGAGUUUGGGAUCUGAGUGGGGGUAGUGAAAUAUGGAAUUCAAAGAGUCAAAUUGCAUCUUUGGCUUUUCAUCCGGUAUACAGAUUACUAGCUAUUGCAACGUACAAUGAAGUUCAUUUUUGGGAUUGGGAUAAACCAGAGCCAGAGAAACAUGUCACUACCAACUCCCAUAGAGAGAAAGUCAGGUAUGUGGCUUUUGACAACUUGGGACAGAAACUUAUAACUGGUAUUGCAAAUCCAACUCAAAACUCUCAAUGGGAUAGACCACCAGUGGAACAUUUAAUACGUACAAUACCCAUUUCUAGAUAUAUACGUAAUAGAGCUCAAAGGGAAAGGUUUUAUGAGGGCGAUUUGUAUCCUCAUUGGAAUGGCUCUCCGCUUCAUGCUCCACAAAUGAACGAUGGUGACAAUAAUCGUGAUAACAAUCCACCAGAUGCUCCACGACCGGAGAGACUUAUCCUGCCUCGUAGAUCAUAUUUAAGUCAGCGCAGAAUGUUACCGCGAGAAUCGUUUGCGCACAUGGGUGUCGGCGGAUCAAGGGUAGUUUAUUUCGACGAUCCUAUGAUCGAACGACCGCGUCGUCGUCCAAUUGCGCGAAACUACACGUCACAUAGAUCGAACUCGAAUAGUCAAUCGAUUCCUAGUCGCUCCUCGGAUUAUAUUCGCCUGCCACUGAAUCACCACCUGCGCGUCUCGUACAACGUGCCAGGAGUGGGUGGCAUGAUGCCGCUCGACGUCAGAGACUCGACCCCGGAAACUCAUCCCCGCAGAGCGGCUUGGUCAACAUUCGCCCAAGAUUACCCGCUAACGUACAGUGCCACAAGCGGCAGCAAUAUUAAUAACAGGAGAGCAAGCGCGAGAUCACCAGCCGCUUCUCCUUCUGUGUCGACGUCCUCGUCGUUCAACUUUCCGGCACCCUCGGGUACUCAGCACAGGCCGCCGCCAGCAGCUAAUCCAAACGUAGCCGAGGCAGCCGACGACGUAGCGCACACUUUGAGACGCAUAGAGUCGGACGAGGAAAGCAACGAGGACGACAUCCUUCAAUCGGAUGAACCACACGAAGAGUCGGAUCAUCGUGUAUCUCUUUACGAGCGACUGCGACGAAAUCGCAAUCGGAUCAGAGAGAGACAUCGGCGCUUCGAUCAGUACAGGACAUCCUUGCUGGAGUAUCGUCGACGCAGAGAAGCACAGCAACAAGCCGAUCGGAAUGCAGAAAACGAGGCGGUCGCCGCUAAUUCGCAGGAGCCCAAUAAUUACUUUCUCGCCGAAGCAUUCGCCCAGAUGUUACGGAACAUACUGAACUUCAGCGCACAAGAGACGAACGUGAGCCUCGAGCGACUUCAGCAAAAUCUACGUUUGUUCAUGUCGGAGUCCGGACAGGUCGUGCGAGCGGGCAUGAACCUGAUGCGCGACGAUCUGCAGGACACCGCUCAGAACAACAGCAUCUGCCUGAUGAACCUGUACAAAUUGCGAGAGGGUCUGCGUUCUCGCAUCAGCUCCAUGUCCAGAAUGCGUAACCACGCUUCGAACUGGCGCUUGAUGACUUUUCUCAGGCUGUUAAACGACGAGGUGCAGGAGCUCAACAAUAUGGAGGGUCAGCUGAUCGAUACGAAUUACCGUAUCGAAGCGCUGAGAGACCAGCUCGCGACUUUCAUGGACGAGAUGCGCUUCAGGGAGUCGACGACCGCCGCCUCGGCCUCGAAUCCAGACGGCCAAGUAUCACCGCAGGUAGUGCCUAGUAGUAGUGCCGACGCCAACGUCGAAGAAGACGUCGUGACAGUGCAGCCUGUGCUGACCGUACGCGACGAGGAAGAAACGCAGCAGGAGGCUCCGAACCAAUCUCCACCGACGUCGGAGGACAGCGAAGCUUCGUACGUACCGACGUUGAGCGCAUCGAGGCGAAGGCCACUGGAGUCGGACGAUAUUCUAGACGAACAGCCCAGAACGAGCCGAAGAAGAAUAGAGAGCGACGUCAAUUAUCCUGCCCCGGAUAAUCCCGAGUACAGCUCGUUGUCGAGCGACGACAGCACCGCCGGAGUUCCUACCACUCGUCGAGGUUCAUUUUCCGUCUCAUCGCGGUCGGCUUUUCAACCGACUCGCUCUGGUGUCACGCAGCGCAGUAAUAUUGGCGCAACUACUCCCAGUAGCAGUACCACUGCCAACCCUCGCGAUCAACCCGAAUCUUCGAACGUGGUUAAUAACGAAGCGGGCCCGAGUUCCGCUGCUGACCCGACCGACGAAUUAAACACCAGACACACGUCGCGCAUCAUAAGAAGCGCUCAGCGCAUAUCCCAGAGUAAUUUCGAUAUUUUCUGGGACGCGUUUCAACGCUAUCUAAAUUCUGUCACAAUGACUGAAAUGACUGCUACGGCUGCGGCACCGACACCUCCAGCAGCAGCAGCAGCAGCAGCAACAGCAGCGGCGGCGACAACUGCAGCAACAGCGAACGAAACGGAGAAUGCUGGGGAGCAGUCCGAGAAUGGCUACUGGUUACUCGAGGAAAACAGCAACUCGGAUUCGAAUCACGACGAGCGCCAUGGCGAUAACAGUGCGAGUGCUAGUUUUCGUAGGAGGGCAAGUCGCUGGAUACAACUAGACUCCAACAAUAGCAAUCCGCAGAUUUCACAACCACCCAGAGAAGAUAACUGGAGGCUACCGUUUAGAUCUCGAGUAUCGGAUCCCACCGAUCGCUUGUCACCAAUUUCAGCUAGUUCGACUCGUUACGAACAGCCACCUCUGUAUCCGUUCAGAAGUCUUCAAGAAUCGAUUAAUCGUCGUAUGGCUGAUGAUCCUGUAGCCAGUACAUCUUCUCCUAUGGAAGUAGACGACCAACCACCAAGCGUAAAUCGGAGGAUCAAUACAGGUCUGCAAAAUCUAUUAUCUGCUGCUGAACGCGCAGAGACGGAAUCGAGAUCUAGUAAUACUGAAUCCGUUGAACAAAAUGAUGUGGCAACUGCUAGAACUCGAAAUGAAUCUACAACAACCACAACUGUUGGCUCUAAUAAUGAUCAAGACAGUCAAAGUACAGAUGAAGGAUUUAGAGAAUUGCGAUUAUUAGCACGUCACAUUUCGAAUAUACAACGGCUUGGCCGAGUGCGUUUGGAAAUCGCCCAGUUACAAACAGUGCGUAGGAUAUGGGAAAGGCUACAACGACGAAUCCGACAUCUGUACAUGACGACUCGACCAACCGAUCGUCCUCAAAGCAACGAUCCCUUAUCCUCUAGCAGAGCGCAGGAGGCACCGGCCGAGGCGUCCAGGGUGUUCCCUCCGAAUGUCGAUUCGCAAUCGGAGCCGGCGCGAAACUUCAAAAAGACAUUGAUCGAGCAUUACAAACGAGAGGGCACGGAGCCGAGUACGAGCGGCGAUCGUACUCAGCAGCCGUCGACCUCCACCGCCGGCGAGCCAAGCGGCAGUGACCAAACACAACGCUCCGUCGAGGAUCACACGUACUCGAGCCCAUCGGCCUCCGGCUUGGCUGCGUCGUCGUCGUCGUCGUCCGCCGGCGUCGAAGGAAACAACAGCUCGGCGUCCGCGAACGACCCCAAUCUGCAGCUCUCCAACAUAGCCAACUUGGUCAAUGACAUUUCCGCCAGUAUUUACGACUCGCUCAGGCUGCCGACGCCCUCGGAUCUGUCGAGGCGUAGCGGCGACGCGCGACUGCAUCAGCCCGGCGGCCGAAGCGGCGGCGCGAUCAACGAAGGAGCGAGUACGUCGCGCGGCACCACCACCACCACCAAUCCUCUACCGAGCUAUCCUCGAGCGAGCACGUCGGCCGCGACGAGCGACGACGCUCAGGCCAGCUCCUCGUCCCAGGUGGACAGUUCGGCGUCGAGCAGCAUGUCCGAGUCGCCGACUAAUUCGAGUCUUCAGGAGAGACAGUCCAGAUAUCAAAGAGUGUGGCGAUAUGGUAGAAGAACAUACUUGCGUAGACCACGGCUGCCAUAUGUGGGCUCACGACACAUGAAGCGAGCAGCCAGCGUGCAAAAUCUUACUCAUUUGUAUCGUCAAUACGAUCGAUUACGCAGAAAUCAGCGGCGCAACGAGAUGCUGUCAUCAGGUGCGACCGGCUUCGGUACGACCCAUCUAGCGCGCCGUAGCCGAGUGCUCGAGUCGACUUCAGCUAUGCUCAUGAAGCUGCAAGGUCUGCUGCAUCAACUCAACUCGAUGGUCCGAUUGACCGAGUACAGAGACUCGACGGAAAUGACCGCCGAGCAGUACGAGAGUCAAGAGAUGGUAGAGAAUCUGCGCGAAUUGAUCAGGAUACAGGCGCGCGAGGUGCUCAACGGCCUCAUGGUCGCGAGUCUGACUCGAUUCUUCGAGGAAAUUCGCCCGGGAAACAACUCCAACAGCCUCUCCGAUCGACUGUUCCGCGAGGAGAUCUCCAAUAUGCACACACUGCCGCGCCUGGGCAUGGAACUGACCGAUCUUUUGCUCGAGCAGCACACCCGAACGAGGCGUGAAUUGCUGCACUUCAAUUAUUUCGAUUUCGAUGCCACCAUGGCCGCGAGACAGCCGCAACAGGCAGCCGGCAACGGCGAGCGAAACAGAACUAGCGUUGGGACCAAUACCACGCCUGUGAAUGAGGAGCCAAUGGAUGAAACGAAUCAGGAUGGUAGUAGCUCAAAUUCCAAUGAAAAUUCUUCAGACAGGUCGACUGCGAGCACGACGACAGUGGCCACAAACACACCGCCGAGCGCUACCGGUAUACCGCCAGAACGGAUGUCCGCGAUCGAAAGAAUCGAAAGAUUGACAGCUAUGUUUGGCGAUGCCAAGAACAGCAGCGCAACGAAUCCAUCGACGUCCCAACCGAUGCCGAAUACAAAGAUGGCAAACGACGGUGCUCGUCCGUCGACCAGCAAAGCAGAACAGGACAACGAGCAGCGAAAAGCGAGCCAAGAAACCACGAGUGAACGUCCGUCUACCAGCGAAACCAGAGAUAUUGAUAUGGACGUAAUCAAUAUGAUGAAUGAAAUAACUCGAAUCGAGGGGAAUGCGAGUCAACAAGCGUCGACCAGUCAAGAAACAAUCUCUGCUCGUCCAUCGACCAGCAGGGCUGAUAAUCAUGAAAACGAGCGGCGAUUGUCUAUGGCGGGUCAAGAAACUGUACAUUCUUUUGACGACAGUGUUAACGAGCCUCGAAUACCGACGACUACGAAUCAAGAAACAACCACGGCCCGACCGUCUACAAGUAACAGCGCCGACAACAAUGGCAACGAACAAGAUAACAACGAGAGUUUGUGUUUAGAGAUUCAGAGUAUCAUAGAACGCAUUCAGAGAAACAACGACAACGGCACAAGCGGCCCUCAGCAGUCGUCGAGCACUCCAUCUUAUCCAUCUCGUUAUCCACCUCGUAGACUCAAUUCUAGGUUCGAAUACUACGACUUUAUGGAAGAGGAAGACGAUGGACGGACAACGGCAGAUGGAACACCACCCGUCGAAGAACGCAGCAGCGCACACGACAGGCCGCCUACGACUACCAACGAGCGCGAAAGAAUCAGCAGCCGUUACGUGCCAAGGGAUAGCAGUAAUGCCCCGGCAGUGCCACCCGAAAGAUUCAGCGACAGGCGCGGUAGCAAUCCGAGCAAUAACGAUCGGGAGGAUCCCGAAAAUCGUGGCUCAGUGGCUGGUAGCAGCAACAGUAGCAAUAGAGGAGAUGCCCGCGACCGGCGUAACCGCUUGGAUCGUCACAUCGAUCGCCGUAGACGGCUCUUGGACGGCCUGGUGACGCUGCAGCGCCGCUACGAUAUCAUGAUGAGACGGCGCCCGUUCUUCGGCGAGACGAACAGCGUGCGCGAACGCUGGCGCCCAGUCCUCGGUCCGUUCGACCCAGAGGUUUACGCCCUUGACCGUCUUCGUCAUCUCGCCGCCAUCACAGUGUCUCGCGGGCCCAUUCUAAAUAUUCCUGAUUAUGAACGCGAUGCUGCUGUGGGUGCCGACGAAGCUGCGGCUGCCCCGGCCGGUCCAUCCGACUCAACGGCCGCGCCAUCGGCUGGUCCGCCAUCCGAUCACAACGCGACUUCAGCCGCUUCCUUAGGCGCAGCUGCUGUGGCUGGACCGUCUGGCUCAUCUGCCUCGGCUGGUGUAUCAGGUUCAGCAAGUUCAUCUAGUUCAUUCGGUGCUAGAGGUCCGGCAAGUGCCCCGAGUACUGCGAGAGGUUCAAAUAGUACUAAUGCUGGUGGUUUGAAUGUACCGUUGAUUAGAGUCAACAAUCAACCGGUCAGCGACCUUAGUAGCAUAUAUAAUAUUCUUGGAGGACCCCGUAAUACUCUGGGAAGACCCUAUUUUAUAAAUUCAAGAUUAGAUAAUGAGGCACGACGAGGCAAUGCCGCUCCGGCCAACUCCAACUUCGAUCCUAUCGAACACCAGUACUCUAGCACUAUUCGUAGUCAGAUUCAUAGAUGGUUCUUCACACAGGCUUGGAGAGAUAGUUUUGUGCCGCGACCUGUUCAGCCUGUGCGAACUGGAGAUGGCUCAAGCGGUGGCCAAGAUCCCGAGAAUGACAGCGAUGACGUCGAAAUACGGGCAUUUUUUACAGAUCAUCAGAUCAACAUGACAUUCAAUGGUAUGGAAAUCCAAAGCUAUCGCAUUCAAGCGUGGGAUUUUUCAUCUAUUCCUGAUAUACGAGACGCUCAAAAAAAUAUAGUCGUGAAGGAAUGUAAAAUUCUCAACGAUGCUAGUAUCGAUAUUUCAAAUGAUGGGGCAUUAUUGGUUACUCUAGUGCAGCCCACACGAAUGCACCCAAUAACCACCAUAGGUGUUUAUAGUUUACAAUGGGACACUCUUGGUAAACAAGUAUACUCCACCCAAACUGAUCACUCAGUUAUUUCUGUUUCGAUGUCCCCGACAUCACAGCAUUUACUUGUUGGCCUCGCUUCUCGUAGAGUUCAAAUUCCUAAUCGUGCGUCUCCGAUGGCACUUAUUUACAAGUUUGAGACUGAUGACAAGACAAUAAAAAGUCCAGAAAAGUUAACAGAGGAACCAUCUGCCCAUCGGGCGGAAGAUUCGACACUCCCACCGCUCCGAAGAACAUUUGAUUCCUCUUUGAGAAGGACCUCCGACUCGUCGUCAAGAAGGCACGAUUCGCCUCUUCGAAGGUCGCAGCGUAUAUUUUCCACGGGUGCGGAGCGUAUUACCGCGCAGCAUCGUUUGAGGGACGAGUUGCGCAGAAUCGCGAACAUAACAUUUGUACCACCCCCCGCGGCGGGUCAGGAACAACCGCGACUGGACGAUGAGAUACGACCUCUGCGUUUCCAGUCGCCGCCGUAUCAUCCUGAGGACGACAGUACGAACGAUUCGAAUUCGCGCUCCAGGCCGUCGAGCAAUAACUCCGCGAAUAAUAAUCCGAGCGACACAAGCGAUAUGAAACCGGAUUCGAAGAAAAUGGUGCUAAUUAGAGAGUUGCAGCAAAAUCGAGACACGCCUACUUAUGUGAGUCUGAAUUGCAUGCGGUGGGCUCCACAACCUGGACAAGGGCUAGUCUACGCUACAAAUACUGGCAUGUUAAAUGUACUGUUUUAAGCUAGAUUAAAUUUUUCAAAUGGAAAUUUUGGCUGCUUAGCUUUUAUGGCGUAAUCAAAGAACUUUUGUCUUAGCAAUGCAAAAUUGACUUUUUUAAUACGACGAUCAUAAAAGAAUUCUUUGUAACAUUGCAGUAAGCUAUUUGUAUAAAUUAAAAUACAAUUUUUUAACUCGUUAAAUAUACAGAAAAUAUUUGUUUUCUAUCGAAUAAUUUUGAAGAUUGACGUUUAGUAAAAGAUAAAUGGACGUAAAUUAUAAGAAUCUUAGUAUGUUCUUUACAAAUCUCAAAACUGCUGAAUCGUUAAAAUAGUUAUUGAAAAUCAUUUGAUCGUGUUCACAUACAUGUAAGAAUUGAGUCACGUGAAUUAUUGCAAGGUAGACGUUUGUGCGCCGGUAAUUUAUUAAAAUAUCAAAAAUUUAGAAUCUAGAUGACGUAGACUUGAAUCUACUUAAAUUGAAUAAAUUAAUACAUCAACUUUACAAUACUAUGAACCAGUCCUCAAUUCUUGUUUCACGUAAACUUUUACGUGAAUUAUGAUUACUGAAAGCAAAACUUACUGCAGGGCUGUGCCUUACAUCGAUUUUUCACUUGAUUAUAUUAUUAGACCGUAUUCUGGUCUAUUUGUAGAUCUAUUUUAUAUAAAAAUGCAGAAUGAUACAAUAUGAACGAUCUCUGUUAAAAAAAAGCUGUACUCAAGACGAUCGAAAGUAACAAGUGCACGGUACUAGUUUCUAAGUUUGCAAAUAUAUGAUUAAAACCGUGUUCUUUUUAUUCAGCAUUAUUUUUUAAUCAGACUGAAAUCAAAUUGUGAUCUGAGUAUUUUUGAUUAUACUGCAAUAUACUUUUGUGAUAGUUGUUAGAAUUUUAUAGGAUUGCGAUACAACUAUGUGUUAUUAUUCCAAAGUUAUUUUUGUUCUCUCCAAUUAAUCAGAUUAUUAUUUAUGACUGCAUUCACUGCAUCAUCAAUUAUAUUGCUAUUCAUUUUCGUGCCAUUCGAACAAUUAAUUUUUUGCUAAUCAAUGGCAUAUUAUAUGUGAUUGAAAUAAAUGAUAGAUAACUAAUGUGUGUCUGUAAAUGAUAAUAUUCUACCACAGAUCUAUAUGAGAAAUAAAUUAAAUCAUUAUGUCGUACUGUAAGCUAUUUUAUGUAACGUAUUUGAAUGGUAAACAUGAUUCAAAGUAAUUCACUAAGAUGUUAUAUAUGUACAUGAAAUUUUGUAGUAAGGGAACGAUCAAGUGUAUGGUACUAAUUUCAUAAUGAAAGAUCCUACUUUAAUUCUGUUCGUUUUUUUGUACAUACACGAUAAUCGAGUUCCUAAUUCAUUAAAAAAUUAAUUUUUCUAAUAACUUUUAUUACAAACAUAACUAUUUAACUUGAAUGAACAACGAGAUAUUACCCGUAACUAAAAAACACUGAUUGUUCCGUGACUGCGAGACCAAAUCGAGUUUUUGCUUUUAUAUAUAUUUAUAUAUAAAUAUAUAUAUUUAAAAUUCAAAUAAAGUGGUAAUGUGAAA